AUGGAGGAAGAUGAGGCUCUUUUGGAAGAAGAAGAAGAAGGAAUACGGCGCCAUUUUGGAUCGAGUGGGGGCGAAGAGGAGCUUAGCAAAAUGGUGAAGGGACUCCAACAACAAGGGCAAAACCUGCCACCGGAUUUGACCCAAGUCAUUGAUCAGCUGGAGCGCCACUGCUUGGCACCCGAUGGUUCUCUCGUCUCCAAAUCAGCCUACUUCGACCUCCAACUCGCAAGGGAGGAAAUGUCCAGAGAAAGAUUGCGUUACUUGGAAGCCAUGGCAAUUUAUGGCGAGGCAAUUGCAAUGGUGGAAGAGUAUCAACAAGCAGUUUCGGUGGCUAAUCUUGGAGGAAUUCGAGAUGUUCAGGGUUUAUAUCUGCAAUCGGACUUGAAGAAUCCUCCUCAGUUGUAUGAGACAUUGGAGCAUCGCAUGAUUGUUGCGGAAGCAGCUCAAAGAUUGAGGCUUCCUCUUAUCUCCAAAGAUGGUGAAAUUCAUGAGGAAGAAAUCGAAAAAUGCAGUACAAUGUCACACAGUUCCCUUGACAGUACCAGUACCAGCGUUACAAUCAGCUCAAGUUCCAACUCAACCAAUUUUAAUAUUGCUACUAGCACCAGUAGUGCAGCAAACAACAAUCUUUCUCUUAGUGCUACUGAUGCUGUGGAAUCUGGAGUUGGUGGUGUUCCGAAUCGCUUUCUUGGAAUUACACCUGCAUAUUUAUGGCAAACACAGCUCCAGCAAACACCAUUGUCAAUGGACAUGACAGAAUAUCAGUUGUGUCUUUCUCGGGAGAUUGAAGUCCGUUUAGUAGCUAAAUGUGAUAAAUUAGCUGAUGCCUUUAUAAUGGAUGACAAUGACUCGUCAUCUGGGCAUCAGAAUUCAAGUUCUUGCCUUCCAGAAAGGGUGAAGUUGAUAAUUGAGGAGAUGGAAAGGGAGGAAACAGCUCUGCAGGAAGAUCUAUAUUCUGCGGAUAGAAAAUUUGCUGAAUAUUAUAAUGUCCUAGAGCAGAUACUGGGAGUGCUCAUCAAACUGGUCAGAGAUUUGAAGUUGCAACAUCAACAUAAAUAUGACGGACUGCAAAAAACAUGGCUUUGCAAGAGGUGUGAGACGAUGAGUGCAAAAUUGAGGGUUCUGGAGCAUGUUCUCCUUCUUGAAACUUAUACUAAGGAGUCAAUACCGGCCCUACAUAAAAUAAGGAAGUAUCUCCUUGAAGCUACAGAUGAAGCUUCAAUUGCAUAUAAUAAAGCGGUUACACGUCUUAGAGAAUAUCAGGGUGUUGAUCCUCACUUUGAUUCAAUUGCAAGGCAGUACCAUGAUAUUGUAAAGAAAUUGGAAAAUAUGCAAUGGACAAUCGACCAAAUUGAAAUGGACCUGACACACCCAGAUCACGUAAAUGCAUAG